AUGUCUCAGUACUCAGGAAAAAUCACUUUUUAUGAAGGCAAAUGCUUCACGGGCAGAAAGCUGGAGGUCUGUGGCAGCUGCAGCAGCUUCCAGGACCGAGGUUUCCUCAACCGAGUCAACUCCAUCUGCGUCCAGAGUGGGGCUUGGGUCUGCUUCGAUCACCCUGACUUCCGAGGGCAGCAGUAUGUCUUAGAGCACGGCGAGUACCCAGAGUUCUACCACUGGAACGGCCGCAGCGACCACCUGGGCUCCUGCCGGCCCGUCGGGAUGCAUGGUGAGAAUUACAGGAUCGAAAUAUUUGAGGGGAGCCAUUUUAGUGGUCCCAGCCUGGAGCUGACAGAAGAUUGCUCCUUCCUGCAGGGACAAGGCUGGGACAAGACCUGCAUCAAUGCCCUCAAAGUGUAUGGUGAUGGCGCGUGGGUGCUGUACGAGGAGCCCAACUACCGAGGCCGCAUGUAUGUGGUGGAGCGAGGUGACUUCAGCAGCUUCAAUGCGUGGCAGGCGCGCAGUGCCAGCGUCCAGUCCAUCAGGAGAGUUGUCAACUAG